UUUCUUUUAAGUCGCGCUGCCGCUUCCGCCUUGUAGCAAAUACAGCCGGCGGACACGUGCUUUCAAUGUCUACUUUACUUAAAAUGUUGCAUUAUUUGUUUGAUUUCUUGGUGCUCUCAAGAAGCAGGAGUACUUUUGGAUAUAAACACAGUGCAAUCAAAUACAACAUGUCUCCGUGCUCAGCGAAAGGUAUGAACAUCGGAAAGAAUUUCAAUGCCGCAUUCCUACUGGUAUGUAGCGUACUCUUCUUCGCCAGUCUCUUCAUCAGCAACCUGAAAACAAAUUUGCAAGCUCGCCUGGACAAUCACAAGGAGAACACUAGUGCCGACCUUUUCACAGCAGAACCAGUACCGGAAAACACAUCUGCGUGGAAGAUAAGGUACGCAUGUCGUCGACCAAACCUCCGGAUUCUGUACUUCGUGCACACGGCACCUAAAAACGUCGAGAAACGUCGCUUUCUACGAAAGACGAUAGGUGAUCCGACCAUUGCGUGCGAAAUGAAUUCAGCCAUUGCUUUUUUUGUUGGAGAAGCGCCUCAGCUGAACGACCAUGAAGCGGUCCUCGGCGAAGCACUGCGUGAGGGAGACGUCGUAGUGCUCAACUUCACGGACACCUACAAAAACCUAACGUACAAGUUUGUUCAUGGAGCCAAAUGGGUCUCCGAGAACUGCCUCCUCGACCCUACAGCCACGAUUGUGAAACUCGACGAUGACGUAUUGGUGAAUACGUUCUCGUUGUCGGCAUACUUGACCAGUGGUGUAAUGGCGCUGACGGGAAUUCACUGCCAAGUUAUCACAGGUGCGGAACCCUUUAGAAAACCAAUUUCGAAGUGGUACGUUAGCCAGAAUGACUAUGCUUUGAAAGUGUACCCGCCUUACUGCUUGGGUGCGGUUUUCAUUAUGCAACCAUCUGUAUUGUUUUCGCUACAUGCAGCUUCAAGUCACGUUCCCUUUUUCUGGGUAGAUGAUGUGUACAUCACAGGCAUCCUAGCCGAAUAUGCUAACGUAACCCUUGUGCAGAUGGUUUCGUAUACAAUAAUUGGUAAGGGCAAAAAGACUCCUGCUGUGAAAGACACGACCAUUUUUCUUCACACAAGCUGGUAUGGUACGUCGAGAGCCGAAAUGGAGCAAAUAUGGCAGACUUUCAAAGAGUACAAUAGAACAGUGAGCCAUAAUUUUAAUAGAAAUGUUCAUGCCUACUAUCGUAGCCUUGGCUAAACGCCUGUGCAGACAAAAGUUUGUGUCUUCAAACACUACUCUGUAAGAUUAUUUGUUUACAGUCUUCUCGGGAAAGGCAACUUGCGAGUGUUGCUUGAAUUUUAAAAUUUUUGAACACGUGCGUACGCUUCGAAUAAAUGAAUGAUGGCGCAGUAAUGUUAUGUUACUUAACCUACCCUGGUUGAAUGCUGCUUUCGUAGUACUGGUUUUCAAGUGCGGCACUUGUUAAAAUCAUACGGAUUUAGCGCCUUGAGAAAUACAUAAUGUAACUCAAAUCUGCGUCAGUUGGCAAGAAUAACAGCGUAAAGCGGAAAAUGUGCAAGUUGCGAACUACAUGCAUGGUGUUUAUACAUUGUGAUAUAAUGGGAACUAAGAGAAAUAAUGAGAGUGAACGAUAGGUAACUAUCAUUUUGUAUAUGAAAGCCUUCCGAGUAGCGGCAAAUUUGGUGUCUAUACCUGUUUCCACAUCUACUGCUUCUCCUCCCGUCUUUAUAGUUCCAGAAUUGUUUUCAUUUUCCACGCUAGACGGUGCCAGAAAUUGCCCCCAGUACCAACUUGACACAAAUUCUUUUUCAGAAUUUGAAGCCACCUCUUUGAGUAGGCGAGGGACAUUUGCUCCAACUAUUUACCUUUUCAUGUAAAUGGUCUCGCUAUUUGGUGCGCAUAGAUAUCUACCCAAUAGACAAUCGUUUAUGGUGAACCACUCUGAAUAUGCGUUCGCUUAUUAUGGAAGCCACGAUUUAUACAGCCGUCCCAUUUGCAGAAAAGGCUAAGCCAUGAAAAAAGCGACACCACACGUGUGAAUAUGCAAAGUGCCAUUCGUGGGCGCGGCGAACAAUAAUGUUCGCUUCCGGAAAGGUCAACCGAAAAGAAACUGCGCUCGAGCCAAAUACAGCAUUCAGAAUCAUGGAAGCCAUUUCGGAGCAAGAAACAAUGGCUUUGUUGAGCAAAAAAAAAAAAACAGUAACCUUCGCUUCCCGGUCUUUGCGCGAAUGUUCUACACAGCCUUGCGCCUCCUGUAUUAUGUUGGGAAACGUUCCUUUUAAUGCGAUAAAAUGAGUGUUUUUCUCAAUAUUAAUAAACCGCAAGCAAAUUGAGCUUCUAGCGUAAUCACAGUACUAGCAGAAGUUUCAGGCAGCAACAAUAUACAAAACUAUAUAGCUCGUCGCCUAUAAGAUCAAAUAGGAAAGCGUGAAAAUAAGCAUGUGUGUUGAUAAAACUUUAGUGCAGCUUGGACUAUUUCGCACAACGUGACAGCACAGCUGGUGGCCAUGUUUCCGCUUUCCUGUUAACCAUCUGUACAGAAUGCUUGGGCGGGGAUUAAGCGGGUGCCGGUGCAUGAUGAUGAUAACCUUCUAUCUACGACACACCGGAAAUUUGACCUAAGAGCUCAGCUGUAAAAUGAAUAUUGAAGGUAUAAUGAAAAAAGAGGAAAUAAUGUAUAACAGUAAUAUUUCUUGUUUGUACCGCGAUAAUGCGAAUGUAUAUAAAUCGUUUGGAUGCCGCAUACGCAAGCCUAAAUUAAAUAUAUAAGAAAACCCUGCAAAGCCCACGUGUAUUCAGUUCUUCUGCUUACAUAAAAGUCGAUUUAGACGCAAUGGGCCGCAUGCGGGACAAAAUUUUUCUUCUACAACAGUUCAAGGCACUGGUCCUACGCACCACAUGAAUCGAUCAUAUACGCGAAGUUCAAAUACACUGCCAUGGUAGAGCACGAUAUUUUUUUAAAGUACAAAGGACAUUUCGACGAGUUCACUGAAACUGUACGGUAUUCGAUUAUACUAAUAAGCUUAAGAAAAAACAGUUCUCAAGAUUUACGCAACGAUUUAACUUGAUUAGUUCAAGGAAAGCCAACAAUAUUGCAACUUCAUUAUCCAAAAAAUUCGAGCGAUUUGGAAGAGUUACCAACAUGACGCCAAUCUAUAACAGUUUUAAUGUUGUAUAAAAUGUGGCAUUUCCGGCUUUCGUGUCGCGAAACAUCCAUUAUGUGGCGUUCUGUGUCAUGAAGUAGACACUAAAUCCUCAAUUUCUUGCUUUCUGUUAUACCCGAUGAAUGCUACAUAUAACCAACAUGACCUGUGUAUGUACAUGUCUUGUUCCUCUGUUGUGCAGUGAAUACUCUUCACUGCGAAUUCAGAAAAGCCUGUUCGAUGCUCACCAAUUUUCUUAUAUCACCCACUCCACAUGUCCCCAUAGGACUUGCUAGGGAACUGUAUAAAUAAAUGGGUAAAUUUGUUCACAAACUCGGAAGUCUCAACGUAUUUGGGUGUAUGACUUAGUAAUGCUAGUAACCAAGUAGUUAUUUUCUACGUUAAACAUUAUGUGUUUCCAACUUUAACUUUACACUGGCUGUUCUUUUACCAUGGGGUAUCUUAGAAAGGAAUGUGUAUGCGUAUAUUCUUGAAAAUAGCCCUAAGGCUUCUCGAAUGCACGUUACGCUCUUUUUGUGCCUGUAAAUCUGGGACAUCCGCAGGGCUAAUUAAAAGUUAUAUGUUGAGGAAUUACGUUUAAUGCUUAUGCGAACACUGUGUAGCGUGUUACUUCCGGAGAGUAUGCUGGGCAUUGCAUGUAAAAAUCGUUCUGACU